CCGGGAGCUGCGCGCGCACCUCAGCCCUGCAGGCUUGUCCAGAUUCUGCUGUUGUCAACGCUGGUGCUGACACUCCGGGUCGCAGCUCCCUCUGGUGGCCGGCGACCCUGUGAGCGCAGAGCGCAGGCAGCUGCACCCUGGGCUGGGACAGGUCUGGAGCCAUGGCGCCCACCGCACUGGGCAGCGACUCAGAGGGUGACGUGAAGGCCCUGCUGCCAGAUCUGCCCCGGGGACCCCUCGAAGCCUACCGGGCACGCGCAUCCUUCUGCUGGAAGGAAAUGGUGCUAUUCCUGGAAGGGGAGGAUGUCCUGCGACUGAAGAAAACCAUCUUUUCACUGCUGGAGAGCGACCCCCUGUUCGCAGGCCCCCGUGGCAGCAGCGAGCUGUCCCUGGAGGACUAUCGAGAGCUCAACUUCCUUCGCUUUCGGCGCCUGCUGGAGUACGACUUCCUACGGCCCGAGGAGCUGGCCCAGCGCCCCCUGUGCGCCCUGGCACUUGUUGAAUGCCUGGGGAUGUACGACUGGUCUCUAGCGAACAAGUUCUUCCUCCACAUGCUGGUAUUCACCUCAAAUCUCUACAAUUCUGGCUCCGAGCGUCACUUCUCAUACAUCCACAAGAGCCUGUCACUGGAGAUCUUCGGCUGCUUUGCGCUGACGGAGCUAAGUCACGGCAGCAACACCAAGGGCAUCCGAACCACCGCACACUACGACCCUGCCACUCAGGAAUUCAUCCUUCAUUCCCCUGACUUCGAAGCUGCCAAGUUUUGGGUUGGCAACAUGGGCAAGACGGCGACACAUGCGGUGGUGUUCGCGCAGCUGUUCACCCCGGAUGCCCUGUGCCAUGGCAUUCAUGCCUUCAUAGUGCAGAUCCGGGACCCCAAGACUCUGCUCCCCAUGCCGGGUGUCCUUGUCGGUGACAUUGGGAGGAAACUCGGGCAGAACGGUCUAGACAAUGGAUUCGCCAUGUUCCAUCAGGUGAGGGUCCCUCGCAAGGACCUCCUGAACCGCACUGGGGAUGUCACCCCUGAGGGCACCUAUGUCACCCCUUUUAAGGAUGACAGGCAGCGCUUCGGGGCAGCCCUGGGAGGCCUGUCCAUGGGUCGUGUGUCCAUCGUGGGCAUGUCCGUGGCCAACCUGAAGCAGGCCGUGGCCAUCGCCCUGCGCUUCUCAGCCACCCGCGAGCAGUUCGGGCCCACGCAGCAGAAGGAGGUCCCAGUACUUGAGUACCAGCUGCAGCAAUGGCGACUCCUGCCCUACCUGGCUGCUGCCUACGCCCUGGACCACUUCUCCAAGUCUCUGUUCCUGGACCUUGUGGAACUGCAGCGGGGCCUCUUGAUGAAUGACCGGAGUCCCCGGCAGGCUGAGCUGGGGCGGGAGAUCCAUGCCCUGGCAUCCUCAGGCAAACCCCUGGCCUCAUGGACCACACAGCGAGGGAUCCAGGAGUGCCGGGAGGCCUGCGGGGGACACGGCUAUCUGGCAGUGAACCGGCUGGGUGUCCUGCGUGAUGACAAUGACCCCAACUGCACAUAUGAGGGUGACAACAGCGUCCUGCUGCAGCAGACCAGCCAGUUCCUGCUUGGCCUCCUCGAGCGAGGCGUCUGUGGCAGUGCCGACUGCCAGAGCCCUCUGGGAUCUGUGGAUUUCCUGCAACUGUACCCCAACAUCCUGCACCGGACGGUCACACGCCUCAGCACCCAAGACUGCUUAGACUCUUCAGCCCCGCUGGCGGCCUAUGAGUGGUUGGUGUGUCACCUGCUUCAGAAGAGCACCCAGCAGGUUCGAACCCACCUCCAGACUGGCAGCAGCAAUUUCGAGGCCAGGAACAACUCUCAGGUAUUCCACUGCCAGCCCCUGGCCUUGGCCUUCCUGGAGCUCACAGUGCUUCGGCGGUUCCACGCCCACACUCAGGGCUCCUCAGUGCCAGCCCAGCUGCAGCCUGUGCUGGGGCGCCUGUGUGCGCUCUACGGGCUGUGGGCCCUAAACCAGCACAUGGCGUUGCUGUACCGAGGUGGCUACUUCUCGGGUCCACAGGCUGGGCAGAUGAUCGAACACUGCAUCCUAGACCUGUGCACCCAGCUGAAAGAUGACGCGGUAGCCCUGGUGGAUGCCAUUGCCCCCCCUGACUUCAUCCUGGCAUCCCCCAUUGCCAGAGCCGACGGCGAGCUCUACAAGCAUCUGUGGGGUACGGUGCUGCAGCAGACGGGGGUCCUGGAACGCCCUUCCUGGUGGGCCCAGUUCUCCGCCCACAAGCCCACCGUGGGGAGCCUGAAGCCGAAGUUAUAGCCCCGGUGCCCACCAUCUUCAGCCCAUCCAAGCAAGGAGGUUGGAGCAGCAUGUGGGGGUCGGUCACACCCCAGAAGCAGCCUCAUUGCUCAAGGGACUGCUCAGGGCCAACCUGGUCCUGUGAACAGCUGCUGCUGACGUGCACCCCAAAGAUUUGGAAACACAAA